UGCUAUUUUAUCGAUUUUGAUAAUUAGCUAACAUUGCAAGAUAUUUUUCCUUCUGUAGAAGAGCUUCAACAUGAAAACAUUUAUCCUACUUUUGUGUGCUUCACUUAUUUUACUGAGCCAUGGCGCACCUGAAGGUCAACAAGGAAGUGAAUCUGAAGGCAAAGGGGGUGCUCAAGGCGGUGGUGAAGGUGGAGCAAAUGCUGGAGGUGGUGCUUCAGCUGGAUUGGGAUUCAGCAUGGGAGGUGGAAUGGGUGCGGGUGCAGAUGCAGGAAUGAGUGGAGGCGCUGAAGGUAGUGGUGGUGCUGGAGCUGGUGGUGGACAGUAAUCAAUUUUCGCCAUGGAUAUGGCAGAUUGUGUUUUACGCUUAAAUUUGUAAAUUCAUUUAUAUUUAGAGUUUUUAAGUUCUAUUUAUUUUGAACCUGCAAAAUGUCAAUAAAAUGUUUUUGCAUUUAAAAAA